AUCGGAAUAACGACGUGAGCAAAGCUCGCUCUUGCGUAUGUUUUCGCUGGGAGGUAAAGGGUGGCCGUGCACCUGACUUGCUGUUGGCCGAUUUCUGGCCCGCUGUGAAGCCAGGGCCGGCUCGAGGUGACGCAGACGCUCCGCGCUUGCAGCCUCAGGCAACGGAAACCCCGAACGUCGUCCCGUCUUUGGCAUACGAAGAAAGUUAACGCUUGCGGGUUUCUGAUUCCGUUCCGGCCUUGUGGUCGAGAGGAGCCGACAACCGGAGUCGUGGAACGUUACAGAUACCGCGGAUAGCGGUCGCAGCCGUGUUUGUAGAUUGCUGUCUUUGAUGGAAGUAUGGUUACCGUAUCCCAGACAGCGACGAUGUUGACGUCACCCGCGUACAUGUGGGAAGGUGCGCUGCCGGCCAAAUCAGAGGCACGCCGCGAUGAUAGGUUCCGGGCAGAAGGGGGAGAGCAUUACCUCUCUGAUGGGCCUCCGCUGGCAUCUCGGAACGGGAGUUUAAGCAUGCGUGGCGCCGCCAAUUUGGGACCUUACUCGCCAGGAAGCAACAGCCAUGAGGAGUUGGACUCUGAAGCGAAAGCAAACGGCGUCGGCCCUACUCGCCUACCGCAACACGAUCACAAGGAUCCGGAACCACGAAGUGUUAAGGACUAUGCGAACCCCGAAAACUCUCUGGACCCGCAAACCGGCACCAACGGAGAGCGGUCUGAGGAGACGCGCAAGAAAGGUCCGGGUGGCCCGCAGUCGGAGUCGGACAGCGAUGACUCGAAGUGGAUUCAUCGAGACAAGCUGGCCAAAAUAGAGAGCGAGGAGUUGCAGGCUGCAGGAAUUGUUCUCCCGCGCCAAAGGGACAGGGCAAGGUCCAAGAGUCAGAACAGGCCGAGGCGGGAUCAGAGCCAGGACAAGGUCAACGGGUCAGGCAGAUCGAUUGGGGGCUCUGAGCAGGCGGUCUCGAGAUCGAGGAAAAACUCAGCCGCUACCUCGGUCGAAACCAAAACUCUGGACUCGGCAGCGGUUCCUAGUUGGGAUCUGAGGCGGCCCGAGGAGAUCCUUGAAGAAAUCGAUGGGCACUGGGUUUCGAACGGCAACGGGAAAGGUUCGUCCCGAAUACCCGUGGCAAAGGCCAGCCCCGUCCCAAUACCAACCGAGCAUCUUGCGCGGGACACGCGUCUGCCCAGAAAACGGGAUGGCAGCCCUGGUGCGGAAGACAAUAUAAGCUACCCGAAGACGCGUUCAAGGAGCGGCAGCACAGGCAAUGCGCUUGUGAAGCCAGCGGCCACGACCCCGGCAUCGCAACCGAAUAAACGACCCGAUUCCUCUCCGAAAAAGCCUGGAACGACGGCGACGGCAAGGAAACCAAAGCCUGCCAACGGUGCCGCAGGCCGUCCGAAGACGCGAGGCGGGGUAAGCAAGGAUUCAACCAGCAGCGGAACACGGCCAUCAACGAGGUCUGGUGAACGCGAGUUCUCCAGCAGCAACUGCAAACCAAUGGAAGGCGAGCCUCCAUGGAUGGUCUCGGCUUACCGCCCGGAUCCGCGGUUACCUCCUGACCAGCAGCUGCUACCGACAGUGGCCAAGCGGCUGCAGCAGGAGAAGUGGGAGCGGGAAGGAAAGUUUGGGAGCGUUUACGACAAGGAGUUUAGGCCGCUCACCGACGAGGGCUUCCUACGACCCCCCGAAUCCAACAACGCUCCGGACAAAGAGACGGACGGAGACGCCGAGAAGGAUGAGCAGAAAGAGGAUCAGAGGGACUGGCCGCUGAAGGGGGAGCCCAAGAGCCCAACGUUCCCCACGAGGACGAAUUCAUACUCUACCAUGCCCAAAAUUACUGACACGCCAGUCGCCAACCCUCUGCCGAGUCCAAGGGCGCCAUCACGGCAAACCCAGCAAGCACCAACGGUUCGCGUACCGGAACCGCCCGAGGAGACGCAGGAAAAGAAAGGGGGCUGCGGCUGCUGUAUCGUGAUGUGAUCUUGGCUGGUCCCUUUCAACGACAAGGCGCCCUCGCGAA